CUUCCGCACUUUGCAGCCACGGGCGCUCCUGGGAGCUGGGCUGGUUGUACCCCACAGUCAGCCUGCCUGCCUGCCUUUAUCAAAGAGCUGGUAGCUUUGCCUCCCACCUGCGUGGGGCUUCUGGAAGCAUCUUCCUGGGUGUCUCUUGGUCCAGCAGCCCCACACGUGGCACACUGCAUCCAUCCUAUGCCUGUGGCAGACCUGCACAGAGUGGGUGCCUCAGAGGUGGACUCUGGAGGGUGCUCAGUCCUGGGAGGCGGGACCUCAGGCACAAAGGGCGCUCCGCUCUCAGAAGCAAGUGUUCUCAGGCUCCUGCCCAGUGGACCUGCCAGGUGGCCAGUCUCCAGCAUCCCUGCCGGCACCUCCAGGAGCAGCAGGAGUUCCACCGCCGCCUAAGCAGGGCGACCCCGGUCUGUGUCCCCCUUGGCUGACAAGAUGCUGCCCGUGUCCCCGGAGGUGAAAACCAACCCGCUGCAGAAAGCGAACUUCUGCUCGCGCCUGUUUGUUUGGUGGCUAAACCCCUUGUUUAAAAUUGGUCACAAGCAGAAAUUAGAACCAGAUGACAUGUACUCAGUGCUUCCAGAAGAUCGCUCCCAGCACCUUGGAGAAGAGCUGCAAGGGUACUGGGAUCAGGAAGUUAAGAGAGCCCAGAAAGACGCACAGGAGCCUUCCUUAAUGAAAGCAAUCGUAAAGUGUUACUGGAAAUCCUAUUUAAUUUGGGGAAUGUUUACAUUUCUUGAGUCGAAGGUGAGAAUCGGGAAUGUGCAGAUGAGAGAAUUCCUUGCUGGUGUCUGCCCGCACCUGUGUACACAUGUAGGGUCGGCUCCCGGGAAUGGCUGCCACCAGGAAGGCACGAGAGUAGUUCAACCCAUAUUUUUGGGGAAAAUGGUUAGUUACGUUGAAAACUACGAUCCCACCGAUUCUGCUGCUUUGCAUGAAGCCUACGGCUACGCAGCAGGGCUGAGCGCCUGCGUGCUCGUGUGGGCCGUUCUGCACCACUUGUACUUCUAUCACAUGCAGCGUGUGGGGAUGAGGCUGAGAGUAGCCGUGUGCCAUAUGAUCUACCGCAAGUCACUUCGCCUGAGUAGCUCGGCCAUGGGGAAGACCACCACAGGCCAGAUAGAAAACCUGCUGUCAAACGAUGUGAACAGGUUUGACCAGGUAAUGAUGUUCCUGCACUAUCUGUGGGUGGGGCCCCUGCAGGCUAUUACAGUGACUGCCCUACUCUGGAUGGAAAUAGGAAUGUCGUGUCUUGCUGGGAUGGCGGUUCUCAUUAUUCUUCUGCUUUUGCAAAGCUGCUUUGGAAAGUUCUUUUCAUCACUCCGGAAUAAGACCGCAGCUCUCACAGAUGACAGGAUCAGUACCAUGAGUGAAGUUAUAAGUGGCAUCAAAACAAUAAAAAUGAAUGCUUGGGAGAAGUCAUUUAUAGACCUUAUUUCCAGAUUGAGAAGGAAGGAAAUUUCCAAGAUUCUGAAAAGUUCCUACCUUAGAGGAAUGAAUUUAGCAUCAUUUUUCGCUGUCAGCAAAAUUAUGAUUUUUGUCACCUUCAUCACCAAUGAUCUCCUUGACAACCAGAUCACAGCCAGCCAAGUGUUUGUAGUGGUGACACUGUUUGAGGCUCUGCGGUUUUCGAGUACCUUGUACUUCCCCAUGGCUGUCGAGAAGAUGUCAGAGGCCAUUGUCAGCAUCCAAAGAAUCAAGAAGUUCCUGUUACUUGAUGAGAUACCACAGCUCAACCCUCAGCUGCCAUCAGAUGGUGAAACGAUAGUGGACGUGGAUGAUUUCACUGCUUCUUGGGAUAAGGCAUCAGAGACCCCAACCCUACAAGACCUUUUCUUUACUGCCAGACCCGGUGAACUGUUAGCUGUGGUUGGACCUGUGGGUGCAGGAAAGUCGUCACUGUUAUGCGCUGUGCUGGGGGAGCUGCCCCCGAGCCAGGGGAAGGUCAGCGUGCACGGGAGGAUUGCGUAUGUUUCUCAGCAGCCCUGGGUGUUCUCAGGAACUGUGAGGAGUAACAUUUUAUUUGGGAGGAAAUAUGAAAAAGACCGAUAUGAAGAAGUAAUAAAGGCUUGUGCUUUGGGAGAGGAUUUACAGCUUCUGGAGGAUGGAGAUCACACUGAGAUAGGAGACAGAGGAACCCCGCUGAGUGAAGGACAGAAAGCCCGGGUCAGCCUCGCCAGAGCCGUGUAUCAGGAUGCAGACAUCUACCUCCUGGAUGAUCCAUUCAGUGCAGUGGACGUAGGAGUCAGCAGGCACUUGUUUGAACAGUGUAUCUGUCAAACCUUGAGGGAGAAGAUCACAAUCUUAGUGACUCAUCAGUGGCAGUACCUAAAAGCUGCAAGUUGGAUUCUGAUAUUGAAAGGAGGCAAAAUAGUACAACGUGGGACUUAUCUUGGGCUCCUGAAAUCUGGGGUAGAUUUUGGUUUCCUUUUAAAGAGGGAUGAGGAUGAACCAUCUCCAGAUCUGGAAUCUUAUACCCUGAAGAAUCAGUCCAGACCCUUGAUGAGAGGUGCUGCUCCAGAGCUCCAAGAUACUGAGAAUCUCUCUGUCACACUACGUCUAGAGGACCAUGUGGAGGGAAAAGUUGGUUUUAAGACCUACAGUGAUUACUUCACAACUGGUACUCACUGGUUUAUCUUCAUCUUCCUUAUUCUAGUAAACAUCGCAGCUCAGGUUGCCUACGUCCUGCAGGACUGGUGGCUUCAGGAUUGGGCAAAUUUACAAAAUGCCCUGUAUUUGGGGGCAUAUGGAAAAGAAGAGAUAAUUGUGAUACUCAGUCUGAACUGGUACUUAGGAGUCUAUUCAGGUUUAACUGUAUCUACCAUCCUUUUGGGCAUCACAAGGUCUCUGUUGAUAUUCUACAUCCUUGUUAAGUCUUCACAAACUUUGCACAACAAAAUGCUGUGGUCCAUCUUGAGAGCUCCAGUAUUGUUCUUCUAUAGAAAUCCAAUAGGAAGAAUUUUAAAUCGUUUCUCGAAAGACAUUGGGCAUAUGGAUGACUUGCUGCCCCUGAUAUUUCAAGAUUUCAUCCAGACAUUUCUUCUUGUGAUUGGUGUGGUGGGCGUGAUGGUGGCUGCGGUUCCUUGGAUUGCUAUACCUGUGAUUCCCCUUGGCAUCAUUUUCUUUGUCCUCCAGUGGUAUUUCUUAAGGACAUCACGAGAUGUGAAACGCCUGGAAUGUACAACACGGAGCCCGGUGUUUUCCCUCUUAGCAUCUUCUCUGCGGGGACUCUGGACCAUCCGGGCAUACAAAGCUGAACAGAGGUUUCAGGAGCUGUUCGACGCAUAUCAGGAUUUACAUUCAGAGGCUUGGUUCCUGCUUUUGACGACAUCACAAUGGCUCGCUGUGUAUCUAGAUGUCAUCUGUGCCAUCUUUGUCACUGUUGUUGCCUUUGGGGCCCUGAUUCUGGUAGAAACUUUGGAUCUCGGGCAGGUUGGCCUGGUGCUGUCUCUCACUGUCACACUCACGGGGAUGUUGCAGUGGUGCAUCAGGCAAGGUGCCGAAGUGGAGAAUAUGAUGAUUUCAGUAGAAAGAGUGAUUGAAUAUACAGACCUUGAGAAAGAAGUGCCCUGGGAAUAUGAGUAUCGUCCACCACCAUUCUGGCCCCAUGGAGGAAAGAUUGACUUUUAUCAUAUUAACUUCAGGUACAGCUUGGAUGGGCCUCUGGUAUUGAAGAACCUGAGAGCACCCACUGACCCAAGAGAAAAGCUUGGCAUUGUAGGAAGAACAGGGGCUGGAAAAAGUUCCCUCAUCACUGCCCUUUUUAGAUUGUCAGAACCUGAAGGUCUUGUUUGGAUUGAUGGGCUCUGGACAAACAAUAUUGGACUUCACGAUUUAAGGAAGAAGAUGUCAGUUGCACCUCAGGAACCUGUUUUAUUCAUUGGAACAAUGAGGAAAAAUUUGGAUCCCUUUAAUGAGUAUUUGGAGGAGGAACUGUGGAAUGUCUUAGAAGAGGUACAACUUAAAGAAGCCAUUGAAGCUCUUCCUAGUGAAAUGAAUACUGAAUUAGCAGAAUCAGGAUUGAAUUUGAGUGUUGGACAGAGACAACUAGUAUGCCUUGCUAGGGCUAUUCUCAGGAAAAAUCAGAUACUGAUUCUUGACAAAGCCACAUCCAAUGUGGAUCCAAGAACUGAUGAGUUAAUACAAAAAAAAAUUCAUGAGAAAUUUGCCCAGUGCACCGUGCUAACCAUCACACAAAGGUUGAAUACCAUUAUUGACUGUGAACGGAUACUGGUUUUGGAUUCAGGGAGACUGACAGAAUAUACCCGACCAUAUGAUUUGCUGCAAAAUGCAAAUAGCCUGUUUUACAAGAUGGUGCAAAAACUGGGCAAGGCAGAGGCCUCUGCCCUCACUGAAAGGGUAAAACAGGUGCACUCUGAAAGGAAAUAACCAGAUAUCACUCACAGUGACUGUGUGGUUAUGAAUAUUAUGGAUGACAAGUGGACAACCCUCAGCCUUCACAGUUUUUGAGUCAACUCUGUGAUUCUACCAUGAGUUCAUGUCUAUUCCAAAGGCAUUUUUCCAAUAGGUUCCUGCACUGCAUAAAUUAUAUUAUACUUUUUUUUACACCAGCAACAGAUAUUUACAUAUUACAAAUAUUAAUCUAUAAUUUUUUCUCCAACUUCACUCAGUGGAUUAAAGCUCUUGAAAAAGGAUUUGUUAUGUUUAUUUAUAUGUAAUACUAUUUUCUUUUUUUAUCCAGAUCAGUGGUGCAGGCCACCAAUAAGAGCUGGUUUUGUGUCUUGAGAGAUUCUGGAGCCAAACUCAUUUUCUAAGAUUUGAGACAAAGUUCUCACAGAUGUUUUUUUUUUUUUUUUUACUGUUCCCAGAAUUAUAUAUUACUUUCUAAUUAUAUUAGGGAUUCUUGAAGACUGUGUGAUGAUGCUGUUUUGUAUCACCACUUUCUUUAAAAGAACUACAAUCCAUUUUCCACUCAAAGACCUCUGGUUAAAAUACUACAGAGAAAAAUAAUAGGAAAAACAUAGAGUAAUGUAGUUUAAGUGACAUUAUAGGAGAGAGAGUUGUCACCCUCCAAAAAACAUAUGGUUAAAAUACAGAAGGACAAUGUUGUACAUUCAUCUCCUGUGUCCCCUGCAUUGCAGGCAGAUUCUUUACCACUGAACCAUUGGGGAAGCCCUCUAAAAGAGAAGAAAGAGAAAAUAUUCUUUAUCAAAGUAGGAACCCUUUCAGGGGAUUUGCUAAUGAAGGACAGACAUGUUCUAGACUGUCUUCUAGAUAGAGGAUUUUAUUUUUUACAUUGAAAAAAUUGUGGUAAAAUAUGUAUAACAUAAUAACCAUUUUUAAUCACACAAUUCAGUGGCAUUAAUCACACUCACAGUGUUGUGCAGCCAUCAUUGUCUGGGUAGCUUGAUAAUUAUGUGCUUCCUAUUCAGUGUGUUAUUUCUACAGAGUCAUUUUGGUAAAUUUCAUUUUUAUUUUCUUUUUUUUUAAAUUUCAUUUUUCUAGAAGUGGAUCUGUUUCCUGUGAGUUUUGAGCUUGAUUGGCAUAAAUUUAUUCACAAUAUCUUACAUGUUUAAUCUCUGCAGCUUCUCUGUGUUCUUUGGGCUUUUAAUUUUCUUUGAACCUUCUCUUUUUUAUGAGUAAUCUUGUAUAACUUUUUCCUGUUUUCAAAGAAUCAACUUUUUGCUUGAUUGAUGCUCUGUUUUUCCUUCUAGUUCAUCAUAUCAUUCUUUCUUUCUUUCAACUUUUCCUUUUUGAGAUUCUUUUUUCUCUAAAUUCUUAAAUUGCAAACAGAUUAAUAACAUCAUUAUUUUUCUAACCUAAGUAUAUAAAGCUGACAUUUUUUCUGAGAUCCACUUUAGCUACAGCCUACAAGUUUUGAUACUGACACCAAUCAAUAGCCAAAGUAUUAUGUAUUUUCUAAUUCCUAAUUUAAUUCAUUAACUAUAUCUUUUACCCAUGAGUUAUUCAUAAGUAUAGUGUUCUCUAAAUUUCAAAUGCUAAUGGCUUUUUUCUAUUAGAUUGAACAUGUGGAGCUGCUAACAUUCAGCCUUUUAUAUAAAAUGGCACUUUCAUGUGUUUCAACAUAAUAGUUUUCUUUUAUUAAUAUAUAACUUAAUUUUUUUUGGUCAGACAACAUUAGGUUGUGGAUUUUAAACCAAAGGUAAUGAUAUUCACACAAAAAGUCCUUGUUUCCACCAUUUUGUAUUUUAUUUGGGGGUUUUAAAGUGUUAUAAGUACAUGUGUAACCAGUAAUUUUCAAAUAAAAGUCCUCCCUGAGUACUGGAA